AUGGAACAUAAGUACUUCCCAGAGCCUGUGGAUGAAGAGAAAGAACUAAAUUACCUGCUGGAACCAUUGAUAAAUAACGUGGCAAGUCAGCAAGUUGAAGCAGAUCAUGACGAUACAACAACAAGAAAUGUUGUCUCCUAUGUACAGAGUGUAAGACCAGUGUUACAGAAAGGCCCCAUGUGUGGACUAGUAGCUCUGACAAUGGCCUCUGAACUGCUCAACCCCACCUCCUGCCAUGAGGCGAGCUCGUCCCAAAGCAAUACUCAUCCUGGGUCCAUCCUAGAGUUUGCUAGGCAUACAGAACUAACAAAGCAUGGUGAAAUGUUUUCUACCCAAUACAUGAAGCGCAUAGUUCAAGAACAUUUGUCUUUGAAGGCCAAAGUCUUACAGACAGAAUCUUUGAGUGAGAUGGAACUAAUCGAAUUACUACUUUCUACUACUAAAACAAUUCUCGUGCCGUACGAUGCUGACAAAAAUCACACACCGUGCCUAGCAAAGGGACACAAGGCUCACUGGUGCUUGUUAGUUGGUUUUGUUCUUUGUCUGACAACUGAUGGAAGGAAUACAACACUGCAACAAUUUACACAACCUACCAACAAGAGACACUUGUUGUUGAAGGAGGACAACUCAAAAGAACUUUUUAGAACUAUGCUAUCAUCUGAAAAAUGUCGUAUAAAUGAACUGCAUAUUUUUGCAAGGCACGGUAAGAGUCGGUACAUGGGACUGUGGAGUUGGACUGAGCUCAAGAGGAGUAAUGAGAAUUUACUUGAGAUAGACCCCCAGAGGACGCAACCUGGAGAGUAUGUUUUUCCUACAUCAGGGGGUAUCAAUGAAGGACUGUGCAAUCAAAUAGUUAUUGUGUCGAAUCAAUAGCUUACUAGAUCUAGCUAUUAUUUUUGUGUACCAUUCAAUAAUUCACAUAAUCUGGAAUAAUCAAAGGUUCACAAUGUGAUGACUGACAAACGAUUUACAUGUUUGUGAAGACAGUAUUUUUAGUUUGGUUC